UCAGCAACAUGACAGAUGUUACCCGCCACAAAUAUUACACCAUUAUAAAUUUUCUCACCAUAACAACAACAACACACACACACACUCAGGUCAUUAUUAAGUGCCUCUUCUUGACCUUGGGGUGUGUGUGACCUCAUCAAGAAGGUCAUAAACACAGAGACAAGAUGGGUGUCCCUAAAUUCUACCGAUGGAUAAGCGAGAGAUAUCCAUGUCUAAGUGAAGUAGUCAAGGAAUAUCAGAUCCCAGAAUUUGACAACCUUUACCUGGACAUGAACGGGAUAAUACACGUUUGUUCUCAUCCCAACGACAAUGAUCCUCACUUCCGUAUAACAGAAGAAAAAAUAUUUAAGGACAUAUUUCAUUAUAUUGAGGUUCUUUUCCGGUUAAUUCAGCCGAGGGAAGUGUUCUUCAUGGCCGUUGAUGGUGUGGCCCCCAGAGCUAAGAUGAAUCAGCAACGUGGUCGCAGAUUCCGCUCUGCCAACGAAGCAAUAGAGGCAGAGAAGAAGGCCAAGGCGAUGGGUGAAGUGCUUCCCUCAGAGGAACGCUUCGACUCCAACUGCAUCACCCCGGGCACGGCGUUCAUGGCAAGACUGGACGCCCAACUGCAGUACUUCAUCACCAGCAAGAUAUCACAGGACAGAUUAUGGCAGAACUGUAAGGUCAUCUAUUCUGGUCACCAGACACCCGGUGAAGGAGAACACAAGAUUAUGGAGUACAUAAGGUUCACCAAGAGUCAGCCACACUACAACCCCAACACCCGCCACUGUCUCUAUGGUCUUGAUGCUGACCUCAUCAUGCUGGGCCUCACCUCUCAUGAACCUCACUUCUCUUUACUCAGAGAAGAGGUUCGUUUUGGAGGCAAGAAGGACAGUAACCGCCGCACACCCACGGCAGAAGAGACCACCUUUCACCUUCUCCACCUGAGCUUAAUGCGAGAAUAUGUCAACUAUGAGUUCUGGGAGCUACACAAGUCUCUGUCCUUUGGGUAUGACCUGGAGAACAUCAUCGAUGACUGGGUGUUGAUGGGGUUCCUCGUGGGUAACGACUUCAUCCCCCACCUGCCGCACCUGCACAUAAACAAAGAAGCGUUACCGAUUCUCUACAGGACGUACAAAGACGUGAUGCCAGAAUUAGACGGUUACUUAAAUGACGGGGGCAAAUUACACCUUGGCAGAUUUGAAAAAUUUAUGGCAAAACUUUCAGAGUUUGACGUUGAACAGUUUCAUGAACAGAAUGCAGAUUUAAAAUAUUUCCAAAGUAAGAAACUGAAAGAUGGAAAUGCCUUCAAAGUUAACAAGAGUAACGGUAACAGAGAGAUAGAAUUAGAAACUUUUAACUUUGACGAGGACGACGGGUUCGAGGAGGGCGGAGCUUUUGGUGCGCUGGAAGCACCGGAAGACGACGACGACGACGUAGAGGACCUAUGUAAGACCUACGAGAAGCUCGGCUACAACCCCGACCCCACGUUCCUCGACUGCGACGAGGAAGAAUCCAGCGAGAGCGAGGAGAGCAUAUUUAAUGCAGAGUUCCGUCAACACAAGAGGGAGUACUACAUGACCAAGAUGCACUUCAUGCACGUCAACUCCGAAGUUCUGCACGAACAGGCAACGAGCUACGUCAGAGGUAUACAGUGGAUCCUCAACUACUACUAUAAUGGCAUCUGCUCCUGGUCCUGGUACUACCCCUACCACUACUCUCCCUACAUCUCCGACAUCAAAAACUUCGCCAACAUGGAGAUGAACUUCGAGAUGGGGAAGCCCUUCCUGCCAUACCAACAGCUCCUGGCCGUGUUGCCGCCCCUCAGCAAGAACCAUCUGCCUCGGGCCUAUCAAGGACUCAUGUUGAAGGAAAACUCGCCCCUCAAGGAGUUCUACCCGGACUCCUUUAAGACGGACCUCAACGGAAAACAACAGGACUGGGAGGCUGUAGUGCUGAUUCCCUUUAUUGAUGAGAAGUUACUGCUGGAAGCCAUGAAUCCUUGUAAUGAGGAUCUCACUGAGGAGGAGAAGUCACGGAACAUCCACGGCCCAAUGUACAUCUACACCUACACCAGCGACAACUUGGGAGAGUGUAAGAGUCCCGGAUUCUUCCUGUCUGUGUCCAUUAACCACGCCAAGCUGGAGUGUGUGAAGCGAGAGGAUUGGGAGAUGUUGCCAGAGAAGAUAUACAAGGGUUUGUGCCGAGACGUGAAGCAGGAUGUCUACUUUGCCGGGUUUCCUUCACUGAAACAUAUUGAUCAUAAGUUCCACAUCGCCAAGGACGGAGUGAAGGUGUUCCAGCAAAACAGUCGGGGGGAGAACUUCAUACUGGACGUGACGGAGUCAAAGCACGUGCCUGACCUCAAGGACCUGGCUAAUCAGCUGUUGGGGAAGGUCGUGUUUGUGUCAUGGCCACACCUGAUGGAGGCCAAGGUGGAAGCCAUGUGUGACAAGAGUGAAUAUUACUCACUGGUCAGAGGUGAGGUGCAGAAGACCAUGAUGGAGGGUCACCUAAGGGAAGAAUAUUCCCUCAACAAGAACUCCCUUACCUCUCACUACCACGACCGUUGGGGUGUUGAGAUUGGCAACACAUCCAUCCUGGUGUACGCUGCACCCUUGACCGGCAGGAAAUAUGCUCCAUCACCAAGUGGGAGAAUGUCACUGGAGAAGGAAUGGUCGAGGAAUGUUCAGCCAUACGCUUACCAGACGAUCGUGAAGGACAUCGCCGUACACGACCCGGGCUACAAGCAACAUCUGGCCCCCGAGGAGUACUUCCCUCCCCGCACCAAGGUCUUCAUGCUUGGACACCCUUACUAUGGAUGUAUGGGAGAGGUAAUUGAAAUUGACCCCAGCCACAAGGGCAGGAUACGGGUGGCCAUGACAGUAGCCUCAGAUCCUAACUUUGAAGUAGUGAAGCAGAGACAAGGUCAACUGGUGGACCGAUACAUGACAGGUUACUUUGCGUCCCAGAGGAUAGGUAUGUCGUCACACAUCCUGGCACGGCUCACGGGGACGGUGUUCUUGGUUCCUCCUUCGGGUGGUAACCUCAUGGCUGAGAUGGAGAUGAAGAACAAACUUAAUAUUGGCCUCAACCUGAAGAGUAACAAGAGGAAUGAAGAGGUGUGUGGUUACAGCCGCAGGACCCAGGAUGGUGCCAAUGACAGGCCCACGUGGCUUUAUUCAGAGAAGGCCAUAGACGCCCUCGGGGAGUACCAGAAAAAGUUCCCCGAGAUAUUUGACCACUUGACUGCACACGCUGGCCAGAAGGACAUUUUCUACCAGGACGAGGUGUUUGGUACCGAGAAGUACAAAGAGCGAGUAGCUGAACUCACUGACUGGUUAAAGAAUUCAGACUUUGCCAAGGCAGAGCGUCAGCCAUGUGGGACGCAGACACUCGACGAGGCGAUCGUGUCGCGGCUCAUCGAAGAACUGGACAAAGUGUCCAUGAUAAGAGCAAAAGUUGUUAAGAUGCAAGUGCGGCCACAUCUACUUUUUAAGCCAAACCCCCUCCAGGGCAGCACCCCACCAGACCACACCGUCUCCUUCAAGAUGUUUGACCGGGUGAUCAAUGUUCGGGAAGGUUUUUCCGUCCCUCUAGGAGCCAGAGGAACAGUUAUAGGGAUCCAGUACGCAGAGAAAGAAGCAGACAUCAUGUACGAUAUUCUCUUCGACGAAGCUUUUGCCGGCGGGCUGACUCUGCGUGGCCCUUCCUCGGCUCACCGCUGCUACCGGCUACACUGGGCGGCCCUCGUUAACAUCACCCACGGCAAUCGCUCAAAAUCUGCUUCUGGUCCAUCAAUGCAACAGUCUCGAGUGCCCCAACACGAUGCCUGGAACAAGCAGCAGUACAACAAUGACUCUCAGAACCAUAGAAACAACCUCCAGUAUCCAGGACCUGUGAGAUGGCAGCAGUCUAGGACUCAGGAAGGAAAUGUUACAGAACAUCUCAGGCAAAAUAACAGAACCAAAGCACCUUAUCAAGGACGUACUCCCCAGGCACGGGCACAACCUCACACCUCGCACACUCAACAACCAAAUAAGACUAACAACCCCACCAGUCCACAACCUCCAGACCCACAACAGCUGCCUAGUCCCUCGGGUCUCCGCGUCAACCACAAACAUCGCCAAGGAGACACUAAUGGCGAUGUUGGCAAGAGAAAGGUUCAUCCUCGCUGGCAAAAUGAGGGCAAAUUGGUGGCGAUAAAUUCUCCUGAUGAGGUGAAUGUGGUGAUCCACGGGACAUACUAUGCAGCCUGGAGUCAGAUCUACAAGCAGGGACUUGUAGCAGGUCGAGGUCUCAUACCCUGCUACUCGUAUGUUCCUUGGGAUAUCAACUCACAAUUGGUAUUUCAGCUCUAUGUUUUUCUUGAUGUGAGGAAAGCAAUGUCAGAUGGAAUGACAUUCUUCAGAGAUAAAGGGAAGCAGAUACUCUGCACAGGUGACAGUCAAGGGAUAAUCAACAGGAGUUAUUUUAGUAAGGUUGUGGACUGUAUUUCAGGCGAGGUGAUCUUUCCUUCUCAACCAGCAGUGGGCCCCGAAGCUCUUCCCAGUAGAUCUCCGGGUAACCAGCAGCAGCAGCCACAGCUGCAGCAGGGUCAGGGGCAGCGGCCGCAGCUGGUGUUAGAUGGACGUGGGAAUGUUGUGACAACUUCCUCACAAGAACCCCAAAAAUUACAAAUCUUCGAAAGCAUCUGGUCAAAAGCACAAGCUGUAAACCCAGAUAGUGUUGACCUGCGGCCAAUGCAAAGUCAGAUGCUGUCACAGCUUCUCAAUAUUUCUGGUGAUGUUCAUCCUGCUUCCCCACAGCAAGUUAAGGGACCAACUUUACCUCCACAGUCAAGUCAGGAUUUAGCCUCAAGUCGGAUGGAAGUGUCCGUUCAGGACAUCUUCAAGGGCGCACUCGGCCAAAAUCAGUUGCAUGUCGGUCCACAGUCGCAGGCUAUGCUAAAAUGUGAACAGAGCGAACCCGUCGUUAUAGGCACGGCCUUGUUAGGUGCUGCUGAAACGUCCCACUCUGUAACUCAGCCGCCUGAAAGGUAUCAAAAGGCAGGAUCUCCUUCAAAAUCUGCCUUUGUGCCAACGCAAGUAAUCCGUAAUCAGACGCCACGUAAACCUAAAGCCGAUCACUUUGCUAAUUACAGUGGGAGGCAAGAGUCGAGUACAAAUUAUCAUUAUUCUCAGCAGCAGCAACAACAACAUCAGCAGUCCCAGCCAUCUCAGCAUCAGUACCAGCACAAUAGUAGGCCAGAGGGAGCGUCUAAUAAACCAAAGCGUCAGACCCGUAACAGAUUGGCAGUCAAGUUUGACAAGCCGCCCGGGAAGAAUUACUAACAAGCCUGGCAAGAACUAGCAACAAGCAGCCCGGCAAGAACUACAGCAGUUACGUGAUGAUCAGCUGUUGUUUCCUGACAACAUGACACCCUUAGCCUGCUAUUCCUGUCAUGUUAUCUAGCAUACUAAAAAAACAUUUGAGCCAGUUAUGGUCCCUUCUGCCAAGAUCGCUCUCUCUUUUGUUUUUUAAUUAAUGUCGUUUUUAAGAGUGGAUAGUCCGUUGUUUUAAUCUAACUUAAACCCAGAAUAUAAAAAAGGAUGAUAUUGGUAUUAUGUUAUUCCCAGGAGUAACAGAAAGUGAGUUAUACAGCUCCUCCCCGACUUACAACCUACUCGACUACGACCUGCCUCAGUCGUACCAAAAUUUGGUAAAAUUACGUAUUUUCGAGUCCCAAAGUCGGUACACAGACAAAAUUUUUAUUUGUACA